ACAUGGUUGAUUACACUGUGUACCGACAGUCUGACUGAGAAAGGGAAACGAGCAUGGAAAUCCGUUCAAUCUGAUUUUCUCUUGCAGUACUCUAUUUACUUCCCAAUAAAGUGAAAAAAAAAAAAAAAUAGUCGUAUUGUGCUGAUAUUCUUGCUCUGGGUUUGUCGAAAUGGUCCUGAUGGAACUGAAAGUAUCUGCCAUGCAACUUUUUUUGCUUCUGAUUUCUUGCGCCGUGCUCCACCUACAAGCUUCGGUGAAUACGGGAUUUAACGGUUCGGAUCCUGGUAACGUUGCUGCUUCAUGGAGUCAAGCCAGUAAAGCACCAUGUCCUGCUGGUUGGGUAUCUGACCCUGAUAAAAGUAAAUGCUUUGGUUAUAUGAGAAGUCCCAAGUCAUGGAAUGAGUCAGAGGCCCUCUGUAACGGAUAUGGUGGGCAUUUGGCGGCAUUAACAUCAUUUCAAGAACUGAGCUUUGCUCUUAAGCUAUGUGGUGAAGUCAUUAAUGGCUGUUGGGUUGGAGGAAGAGGCAUCAACUCUACUGUUGGUUUCAGUUGGACAUGGUCAGAUAAUACUUCAUAUUGGAACGAGUCCAUCUUUCUUGGGGCACCUGUUCCAUCCAGUUGCACCAAUUCUUCCUGCCACACCAACAAUUCGUUUGAUCCAUGUACACUGGUAACUAAUGGAGCAACAUCUCUCAUUAGUGAGAGAUGCAACAUGUCUCAUGCUUUUAUAUGCAUGCUUGAUAUAGGGAGCAUAUGCCACCACAUGCACUGCCACAAGGAAUAUCUUAUCAUCCUUGCAGUUGUAAGUGCAUUGAUUCUCUGUACUACGUUGGCUGUAGUAGUUUGGCUUCUUGCAUACAAGCGGAGCAAGAAGCGCAGGCGAUCUCGCAAGCUAUCUAAUCCAGCAGCUUCUGCAUUAGUGCCCCCGUCAUGGAAAGUCUUCACCAAAGAGGAACUGAAGUCAAUUACAAAGAACUUUAGUGAAGGAAACCGUCUAGUCGGAGAUGCCAAGACAGGUGGAACAUUUAGCGGCCUUCUACCUGAUGGCUCAAGAGUGGCAGUUAAAAGGUUGAAGAGAUCUAGCUUUCAGAGGAAAAAGGAGUUCUAUUCUGAAAUUGGAAGGGUUGCAAGGCUUCACCAUCCAAACUUGGUGGCUGUGAAAGGAUGCUGCUAUGAUCAUGGUGAUCGCUACAUUGUUUAUGAGUUCAUAGUUAAUGGGCCCUUGGAUAGAUGGCUACACCACAUACCAAGGGGGGGUCGGAGCUUAGAUUGGGCUAUGAGAAUGAAAAUUGCCACUACUCUUGCUCAAGGAAUUGCGUUCCUGCAUGACAAGGUUAAGCCACAUGUCGUGCAUCGAGAUAUACGUGCCAGUAAUGUACUACUUGAUGAAGACUUUGGAGCACAUUUAAUGGGGGUUGGCCUCUCAAAGUUUGUCCCAUAUGAAGUGAUGCAAGAGCGGACUGUGAUGGCUGGUGGCACAUAUGGAUACCUAGCCCCCGAAUUCGUCUACAGAAAUGAGCUUACAACAAAGAGUGACGUGUAUAGUUUUGGUGUACUGCUGCUUGAAAUUGUAAGUGGCCGCAGGCCUGCACAGGCAGUUGAUUCAGUUGGUUGGCAGAGUAUAUUUGAAUGGGCUACACCUCUGGUUCAGGCUCAUCGGUACCCAGAUCUCUUGGAUCCUCACAUAUCUUCUUCAUCCUCCUCGGAUAUUCCCGAGGCUGGUGUUAUUCAGAAGGUGGUAGAUCUUGUUUAUGCUUGUACACAGCAUGUUCCAUCUAUGCGUCCCAGAAUGUCUCAUGUUGUUCAUCAGCUGCAACAGUUGGCCCAGACACCUAUUAUAAAGUAAGUACUAAGUUCAACGACUCUUUAGCAUUCUAUAACUAACUAUGAAUUGGGGAUUCUCUUCCCCCCAAUCUUUUUCUGAGCUAAGUUGUUUUUGCAGAACCAUGUUAACAACUAGGGUUCAGCACUAGUGUAGUUCUGUAAGACGUAGUUGUUGCAGUGUUGUGAGUAAUAUAGUAGUAUCAGCUAUGUAUUUUUUUUUAAAUGACGUCCAUUUAAUUAGAAAGUCGAUACAAUCUUCAGU